AUGUCUUCCAUCGUCAACAAGGUCAAGGAGGCUCUCCACUCCGAUAAGUCCCACGAGCAGCCUGAGGGCACCUCCGGACCCCACAGCUCCAAGGCUGCCAACGCCGCCGACCCCAAAGUCGACUCCGACCGUGACCACCGCGCCAACCCUGCCGGCUACACUGGCGGUGCCGCCAACGCUCACACUGCCGGUACCACCGGUGGUCUGACUGGCACCCACGGCACGACUGGCACUCACACCGGCACCACCGGCACCGGUGGCCUGACCGGCACCCACGGCACUACCGGCACUCACACCGGCACUCACACUGGCACCUCCGGCUUGACUGGUUCCCACAACACCACCGGCACUCACACCGGCACCUCCGGCCUGACCGGCACUCACAACACCACUACCGGUUACGACGACCCUUCCGGUACUCACGGCCCCCACGGCAGCCGCGUCGGUAACCAGGUCGACCCCCGCGUUGACUCUGACCGCGACCACCGCGGCGCCCCUGGCUCCGGCCUGACUGGCACCCACGGCACCACUGGCACCCACGGCACUUCCGGUCUGACCGGCACUCAUGGCACCACUGGUACUCACGGCACCACUGGUACUCACGGUUCUUCCGGUCUGACCGGCACUCACGGCACCACUGGUACUCACGGUUCUUCCGGUCUGACCGGUACCCACGGUACCACCGGCACCUCUGGCCUGACUGGCACCCACAACGCCACCACCGGUUACGACGAUCCUUCCGGCACCCACGGCCCUCACGGCAGCCGUGUUAGCAACCAGGUCGACCCCCGCGUUGACUCUGACCGCGACCACCGUGGUGCUCCCGGCUCCGGUUUGACCGGCACCCACGGCACUACUGGCACCACUGGCACUCACGGCUCUUCCGGUCUCACCGGCAGCCACAACACUCACGGCACCUCCACCACCCACUCCGCUGUCGGCCACACCGGCGCUGCCGUUGGUGGAGUUCACGGCACCGGCCCCGCACCCAGCACCGCCGGCCCCCACAAGUCUGAUGCCCUGAACAAGGCCGACCCUCGCGUCGACUCUGACCUCGACGGCAGCAAGACCGUUGGCGGCAACAAGACCUACGCCCAGUCAAGACUAACUCGCGACACCAGAAACACUACUGGUGCUGCAAAGGACCCUACGGAUGCCGCUCAGGUCCCUCCCUCUGUUUUGGCGAAGCACAUUGGCGAGCCUGAGAUUGCACACGACGAUCACGGCCACAACCGCGCAAGACGCAACAGCAAGGUGUCCGCUCAGGACCUGCACCGUGGCCUGUGA